AUGCGGCGGCAGGUCGUCAUUUCGGUUGCGUCGUUCCUGCUGCUGGUCAGCUCCCUCGCCGGCGCGUGCGUGGACGGGGAGAGGGCGGCGCUGCUGUCCUUCCUCGAUGGCCUCUCGCCGCGGCCAGGCGACGGCAUCGCCGCCUCGUGGCGAGGGUUGCUGGAUUGCUGUGCGUGGGAGGGAGUUGGCUGCGACGGCGGCGCGGUCACGCGGGUGUCGCUCCCCGGCCGCGGCCUCGGCGGGACGAUCUCGCCGUCGGUCGCCAACCUGACCGCGCUCGCGCACCUCAACCUCUCCGGCAACAGCCUCGCCGGCGCCUUCCCCGCGGAGCUGCUCUCCCUGCCCAAUGCCGCCGUCCUCGACGUCAGCUAUAACCGCCUCACCGGCGCGCUCCCCGACCUGCCGGCCGCUGCCGGACGCGCACCCCUCCCGCUGCAGGUGCUGGACGUUUCCAGCAACUACCUGUCCGGGCAGUUCCCGUCCAUGCUCUGGAACCUCACGCCGGGCCUCGUGUCGCUCAAUGCCAGCAACAACAGCUUUCUUGGCGCGAUCCCGUCCUCCCUCUGCGCGAUCUGCCCGGCGCUCGCCGUGCUCGACGUCUCCGUGAACGCCUUGUCCGGCACCGUCUCCCCCGGGUUCGGCGCCUGCUCAAAGCUGCUGGUGCUCAGCGCCGGCCGCAACAACCUCACGGGCGAGCUCCCCGACGACCUCUUCGACGUCACCACGCUGCAGCAGCUGCUGCUCCCGUCCAACCGGAUCCAGGGGAGGCUCGACCGCCUCAACAUCGCCAACCUGACCAACCUCGUCAAGCUCGACCUCACCUACAAUGCGCUCACGGGCGAGCUCCCGGCGUCCAUCGGCGCGCUCACGGUGCUGGAGGAGCUGCGGCUCGGGAAGAACAACCUCACCGGCACGAUCCCGCCCGCGCUCAGCAACUGGACCAGCCUCACGUACCUGGACCUCCGCUCCAACAGCUUCGUCGGGGACCUCGGCGCCUACGACUUCUCCGGCCUCGUCAACCUCACCGUCUUCGACGUCGCCGCCAACAACUUCUCCGGCACCAUGCCGCGCACCAUCUACUCCUGCACCUCCGUGACGGCGCUGCGCGUCGCCAACAACGAGAUCACGGGCCAGGUCGCGCCGGAGAUCGGCAACAUGGUUAAACUGCAGUUCAUCUCGUUGACCAUCAACUCCUUCACCAACAUCAGCGGCAUGUUCUGGAACCUCCGGGGCUGUAAGGACCUCACCGCGCUGCUCGUGUCCUACAACUUCUACGGCGAGGCCCUGCCGGACGCCGGCUGGGUCGGCGACCACGUCAGCGGCGUGCGGCUGAUCGUCAUGGAGAAGUGCGAUCUCACGGGGCAGAUACCCUCGUGGAUAUCCAAGCUGCACAGCCUCAACGUCCUCAACCUCGCCGGGAACCGCCUCACCGGCCCCAUCCCGACCUGGCUCGGCGGCAUGAAGAAGCUCUACUACGUGGACCUGUCGGACAACCACUUCGCGGGCGCGAUACCGCCUUCGCUGACGGAACUGCUGCUGCUCACGUCGGAGAAGGCCAGGGCGGAGUUCAAUCCGGGCCAUAUGCCGGUCGUGUUCACCUUGACGCCCAACAACGGGGCGGCGAUCAGGCAGGGCCGCGCGUACUACCAGAUGAACGGCGUCGCCGCCACGCUCAACCUCAGCGACAACGACCUCUCCGGCGAGAUCCCGGAGGAGGUCGGGCUGAUGAAGACGCUCCAAGUGCUCGACCUCAGCCACAACAACCUCUCCGGCGGCAUCACGCCCAAGUUCAGCGGCCUCGUCAAGCUGCAGAUUCUUGAUCUGCAGUGGAACCAUCUGACGGGCUCGAUCCCACAGGCGCUCAGCAAGCUCCACUUCCUGGCCAGCUUCAAUGUCUCGCACAACGAUCUCGAGGGCCCGAUCCCGACAGGUGGACAGUUCAACUCGUUCCCGCCGUCGAGCUUCGCGGCGAACCCGAAGCUGUGCGGCAAGGAAAUCUCAGUCCCAUGCGUCCGAAAUUCCUCGACGACGUCGACAGGCUCGUCCAAGACCGUCAGCAAGAGGGUGCUCCUGGCCAUCGUUCUUGGAGUUUGCUUUGGGCUGGUUGCCGUCGUCAUCGUGCUUGGCCUCGCCGUGAUCGCUAUCAGAAGGAUCAUGUCGAACGGAUCCGUAAGCGACGGUGAGAAGUUCGCGGAGGCGUCUCUGUUCGACUUCUCCAUGUCGGAGCUUAACGGGGACGAAUCCAAGGACACGAUCCUGUUCGUGUCGGAGGAGAUGGCGAACGACUGCGCGGCCAGGAAGAGCAUCACGUUCUUGGACAUCCUGAAGGCGACCAACAACUUCAGCCCUACUCGGAUCAUCGGGUCGGGGGGCUACGGCCUGGUGUUCCUGGCGGAACUGGAGGGCGGCACGCGGCUGGCCGUGAAGAAGCUCAACGGCGACAUGUGCGUGGUGGAGAGGGAGUUCCGGGCGGAGGUGGAGGCGCUGUCGGCGACGCGGCACGAGAACCUGGUGCCGCUCCAGGGCUUCUGCAUCCGCGGCCGGCUCCGGCUGCUGCUCUACCCGUACAUGGCCAACGGCAGCCUCCACGACUGGUUGCACGAGCGGCCGCCGGACGCGGCGGGACGGCGGCCGGAGCUGGACUGGAGCGGGAGGCUGAGAAUCGCACGGGGCGCCAGCCGCGGGGUGCAGCACAUCCACGAGCGGUGCACGCCGCAGAUCGUGCACCGGGACAUCAAGUCGAGCAACAUCCUGCUGGACGAGUCCGGGGAGGCGCGCGUGGCGGACUUCGGGCUGGCGAGGCUGCUCCUGCCGGACCGGACGCACGUGACGACGGAGGUGGUGGGCACGCUGGGGUACAUCCCGCCGGAGUACGGGCAGGGGUGGGUGGCGACGCUGCGCGGCGACGUGUACAGUUUCGGCGUGGUGCUGCUGGAGCUGCUCACCGGGAGGCGGCCCGUGGAGCUUGUGGCGGCGGCGCACGGGCAGCGGAGGGACCUGGUCGGGUGGGUGAUGCAGAUGCGAUCGGCCGGGAAGAACGCCGAGACGCUGGACCCGCGGCUGAGGAGGGGCAAGGGCGAGGAGGCGCAAAUGCUGUACGUCCUGGACCUCGCGUGCCUCUGCGUCGACGGAAUCCCGCUCAGCCGGCCGGCGAUACAGGAGGUGGUCAGCUGGCUCGACAACGUCGACACCAUCGGCACGUCCUGA